GGUGGGAGCAGUGCAGAGCAGACAAAGACACUGCAGCAGCCUGCAGCAUCUAACAUCCAACUGUCCAUCCUGCAGUGAGUGUUCACCAGGACCUAGUCCUUUAGAACAGGAGAGGCCUGGCUACUCGUCAGCCUGUCUGCACCCUGCUCUUCUUUGUCAGCUGAGAGUACAGUUACUGUGGAGCCAUGCCUGAGUGCUGGGACGGGGAACAUGAUGUUGAAACUCCUUAUGGAAUGCUGCAUGUGGUGAUUCGCGGGGCACCCAAAGGAAACAAGCCUGCAAUCCUCACCUACCACGAUGUGGGACUGAACCACAAGCUGUGCUUCAACACUUUCUUCAAUAACGAAGAUAUGCAGGAGAUCACCAAGCACUUUGUGGUUUGCCACGUUGAUGCCCCGGGACAGCAGAUUGGAGCACCACAGUUGCCACAGGGGUAUCAGUACCCUACUAUGGACCAGUUGGCCGGGAUGCUGCCCACUGUGGUGCAGCACUUUGGAUUCAAAAGCAUUGUUGGGAUCGGAGUUGGAGCUGGAGCUUACAUUCUGGCCAAGUUUGCUCUCAUCUUCCCUGACCUGGUAGAGGGUUUGGUUCUGCUCAACAUCGACCCCAACGGCAAAGGCUGGAUUGACUGGGCUGCCUCUAAGCUGUCAGGUCUGACCAGCGCUCUGCCAGAUACUGUGCUGCCACAUCUUUUCAGCCAGGAGGAGCUGAUGUCCAACACAGAGCUGGUGCAGAGCUACCGGCAACAGAUCAACAACACCAUCAACCAGUUCAACCUGCAGCUUUUCUGGAACAUGUACAACAGUCGGAGGGACCUGGAGAUGAAUCGCAGUGGGACAGUGCUUAAUGCCAAGACCCUGAAGUGUCCUGUUAUGCUGGUUGUGGGAGACAACGCCCCAGCUGAGGAGGGAGUGGUUGAGUGCAACUCCAAACUGGACCCAACCAACACGACCUUCCUAAAGAUGGCUGACUCUGGUGGGCUUCCCCAGCUUACACAGCCUGGGAAGCUGACUGAAGCCUUCAAGUAUUUCCUGCAGGGAAUGGGCUACAUCGCUUAUGUGAAGGAUCGGAGGUUGAGUGGAGGGCCAGUGCCCUCUGCUAGUAUGACCCGCCUGGCUCGUUCCAGGACAGCCUCCCUGACCAGCGCUAGCUCCAUGGAUGGGUCCCGCUCCCGGGCCUGUACCCACUCCGACAGCACCGAGGGAGUGGGGACCGUCACCCACACCAUGGAGGUGUCUUGCUGAGGUGCCAGUCAGUCAUAGAAAGAGGGAGGAAGGGGCUGGAGGGAUGGAGAGAGAAAGAGAAAGAUGGAAGGGAUGACAGCAAAGAAGAGAAGAAGGGGAGUGGGGGGUGUGAGGAAAAUGUGAAGUAAUAAAGGUGUGACUACCUCUCCAUAGCCAGACAUGGUAGAUGGUAGAAUGAGACAGCAACAGGAAGGACAUUUCAUGAAAUAAGGUGGAUACAGCUCUCUCUGUCUUAAUCUUUCUCCUCCAGAUCCCUUUGUCUGCCAUCUUCUUAGCUCCUCCACUGUAAAAUACCAUAUGCACCUUUAAAUAUCCACCUCAACCCCAUCCCGGUCGCCCAGCACUUAAAGAUUUAAGCAACUGUUUUUAUUCUUGCAGUGUCAUUCUUGUAUUUGCUAACUGUCUCCUCAUUCUCUCCCUAACCCCCCACCCCUCCACAAAAAAAGAAAGUAACCCCAUCUGUUAACAGUCCACACAGCAAUACAUGAUACAACAGCUGCUGUUCAUAAUGUAAGAUGGAAUUCUGUCAAAGAAGGUGAAAGAGCAGGACAUAGCAAGGAAAACAGAGGUGGUCCUAUCAUGAAAAAGUGUUAUGCAUCAUUGUUUUGCAAGCAGUUUAUUAUUUUGUUGUAUGAACAAAAUGUGAGUAUCUCUCUCUGUGUUGUUUGUAAGAGCUGGCUAUUUAGAGCUGUAAGGAGGUGUGUGUCCAGAAUUUGACAGACAACAGAACACAGCCAAGUGCACCUGAGGUGCUUAGAGACUAUGUUAACUUUUUUUAGUCUAAGAGCAUAGCCAGACUACACAACACCAAUUUAAAGCUGCACUUAGUAAGAUUUUAUAUCAAACUUGUUAACUACACUUUGAGUACAAAAAAGUGAUAUCAUCUGCAUACAGACAUUUCAGGCCCCCAGUCGUAAGCAAACUGAGAUCUAGCCACUACACCACCGGGGAGGUUAGCUGACACAAAUACAGCUCCAUCCAUUUUUAUUACUUUGAGCAUGAUCAUCUGUACAUGAUAUGGCCAAAGUAUAACUUGCCCUUUCAUGCAUAAAUUAUUACGACCUCAGUCAGAAUUUGUUUCUUAAGUGUUUGUUUCUUUUUAGGCAUAAAAUAAAAAUUAUGAAGUUCAUCAAGUUCAACAUGCAUUUUUCAAGGACAUUUUUACAUUUCCACUCGGAUGGACAGCAUGCGUUUAAGCUUUCAACUGAAGAAAUAUUAACCAAUUUAAAGACUGAUAUACAUCAUGUGAAACUAUAAAAAAAAUAUAUUUUUUUAAUGUUGUUAAACUAGUGUGCUAACAUACACAUAUAACAUAUUCUAAUAUCGUUCAAUGCCAUGCAAAAGCGUUAAACUUUGCUCCUGACUCUUCAGAUUCUCCUCUCUUAUUCUACUUCUCUCUCCUGUACCUACCUCCCACCCUCCCUCAUUCAACUCCUUCCUCUUCAUUCCUCAGACCACCCCCCACCCACCUCCACCUGUUGAACUAUAUGAUUUUUUCAAUGAACAUUUUCUGUAAAAAUAACAAAAGUAUUAUCAAAAUAUUGUUCCUGUUACAAAACCGGUACAUUAUAUUCUAAUAGCAUAAAUCAAUUUAUUUUUCAGUCAAGAAAAUCACUGCAGAUGAAGAUUUUCAAGAUCAACAAAGUUUCAGUAAUAAUAUUAAUUAUACAGUAGUUGAAAUAUAGGCAGCGAUGCAUGAUGUCCAGGUUAGUGGACAGAUGAUUAAUUGUAAUUUCCUCACAAUAUAAAAUGAAUACUUGGAAAAAUGAACAACUGUAUUAUUCCUUAGAUGGUACUUGAUGUUACCAGAUUUUUUUACCUGCCAGGGUCUCCUAUUAUAGACGGAUUGGCAAGAUAUUCUUGAGCUGCACAACAUCUCUUGCAUUCAGUCGGCCAUCUUUGUUGUGAGAGAUUUGUGUUGCACUGACAACACCUGGCCAAUGGGUGGGAGUGUAUGGUAUGACGCACUAGGGUCCACUGUAAUGUAUUAAAUGCAACUAUAGCAUCAAAAGCCAUGCAUAUACAAGAGAAUGGCUUUGAAAUAGCUGUCCACUGCAGUGACCACUAUGUAUGAAAGGGCUAGACUUUCAUUUGAAUGAUCUUGAUUUUGAGCAAGAUGACAAUCUGUGAUUUGUUAGCCACUGGAGUCCAUCUAUUGUUUAGUAUUUAAAAAAAAGCAUAAAGUGACUGAUACAAAUAUACAAUCCAAUGUAGUAGCAGUAAAGUAACUAUGAAGCACUUAAUCAACAAACAACAGGAACUGGACUUGUGUUUGCAGACUUUAAUCACUAAUAAUCACUUUUUGUGAAAUUGUCAAUAUCCUACAAAGAUGGGUAAGGAACUGCUUAAAAGUUUUAGGUAUAAUGUUUGUAUGUAGCAUGUAAAUUUAGAAAUAGAAUUAUGCCCAAUAGAGGAAUAUUAUUGUAGAUGUAUGAGCUGAAUUAGUGCCCCACAAAUGAUGUUACAUCCUUAAAAGUACAGUUACGUAAUUAUCAUAAAGUUAUGGAGGUUAGGUUUAGGGUUCCAAACAUGCGUCUACAGGGGAAGUCCCGGGGUAAAGUCUUCAUUUUUGUGACCCAUCCACCAUCCCAACCUGCCUCCCUACAAAUCUGCUUGGGACUGCUUCCUUUUCUACUCCUAUUUUAUUGGUCACGUGAUCCCAGCCUUUCAAAAUACAUGGGGUAUGUACAAAUUUAGUUGCAUUACUUUUUGUAGGAAAAUGUACGAACAGUUUAUGAGAACAGCAUGAGCGCUGUAUGGAGCAUCACAGACUGGUCAGGCUGGUGAACAUGACACAUCACAUUAUUGGUUUUUGAAAUUCAAAUCUUCACCUUAUUCUUGCCAUUUGGAGUCACAUUAGUGUAAUGUUGCUGAGUCCAGCUUUAAACUGCAUGUCACCUCACAUGUCUGAACCAAUCCACUACAUGAAUAUAGGCUAGAAUAAGUAUUUAUUGAUAUGUAUAUGCAUGCGAACGUUGUCUUAGGGCAUUCUAGUAUCUGAGUAGUAUCUAGUAUAAGGGCAUUCUUCGUUAACACUUUACAUGUGGCUCGUUAAAGAGAGCCAAGGAUGCAAAUCACCAUCAUCAAUCUGCAACUCCAGUGCAUGGAUGUGGUUCUGGCCAUAGUCGGCUCUUUGUGGUCUCUAACAGGACAAUCACACUCUGACCUACACCAAACUAGACCAGGGGGACCGAGGCAGGACCGGGUCAACCCAACAACUUCUCUUUCUGGGUCACAACCAAAGAACUGGCAGCAGCCUUCCCUUACAGCAUCCAGCCCCUCUCCAUGGAUAAGCCGAAGCUAUCCCCCCCCAACCCAACAUACACAAACACAAACCACAUGCACAUUUUCAAAAACCUUUUCAAAUGAAACCUGCAUGGGUUGUGCUUUCAUAUAGCCCUUUUCCACCACAUUAGCUCUGGUUCUUAAAGUGAUUCUGUUCAGGACUCUUGGAACCUUGGUGCUAUCCAGCAAACCAGCCUGUGUUCUGUGUAUGAUCAGAACCACUGUAAUCAAGGACAUGUAAACAGAGGAAGUUGCACAAUACCAAACUGAAGUAAACAGUGGCAAAAGCAUGAAUUACAUUUAUUACCUGUGAACUUUUGUUCUAUUAUUACAGAUUUCUCACUUGACUUCUCCAUUUUUGCCUUCUCCAUCCUCUAUUUCCAACCUGUGGAAUAUGACACGCCAACUGAUGUCAUCACAGUUGGCACUUCAGGGGUCUCAUCUAUAAACACUGCAUACAAACAAAACAAGCAAAAGAUGUGAUGUAAACAGACUUUAUGGGGAAAAACUUUGACCCAUGCAUUGCUUACAAACAUUUUGGAGACGGUAUAUUGGCGAGGUGGAAGCCUGACUGUUGAAAUUGUUGAAUAUUUUUUAGUAUAUGCUAUUUUUGGCUUUUUUCUGUAUGCACAUUUUUAGUAUGAAUCUGAUGCAUUGUUUUAUAAAUGAGACCCCAGGUCAAGACAAACCUCUUAUGUUUUGGUUUCAGGUGAGAACCAACUUUUCAGGUGCUAAACCAAUUUAUUUGAGGUCAAAAUGCUUUGAACAGUUCAAAAUUAGGUGUGGGAACUGGAACGGUACCAGUUCCAUAUUGGUGGAAAAGCGAUAUUAGAGACCUAAGCAAAAGAAAACACAUAAAUACACAAAAUUCACACUCAAGACGGAAUCCAUUGUAGUCAGUGUGUGUUUUGAUGUGAUGUGUGACCAUAAUGUCACCAGCGUAGUACAUGUAUAUAAAUGUAGUUUUAGACUAGUGAAGCUGUGUGCUGUUAUCUGCUGUAAUACUGGACCACCUUGUCAAUUGUGAUCAGAGAUGGGGUCCCUUGGUUUAAUGAACAGUAUUCAUGUACCAUAGUCACCCUCUGUUUUCUCCAGUUUUACAAAAAAAACAAACCCUUUGGUCCCCUGUCAGAAGGGGUGUAGCUUCCAAUUGCUGAGGUGUGCGCUUCCCUGAGGUGGCCUGUAAGGGGCGGGGCUUUUUUGGAGCCAUUUGGGCGCCAAGCUCGGAAUGUAGGGCAAUCCCCAGCCACCUUAAAAAAAAAACAAAAAAACCUUUCCCCCAAAAAAUCACAAGGUGCCCCGGCUCUCACAGGCAAACCCAGUCGCACCCUAAAGGGCUAUCAGCUGAAGUCACUUUUUAAUAUGUGGGUAGUGUAGGUUGUGUUUCUGAGCACCAGGGGGCCCUAGAGACUAGCAGAUUGAUAAGAUUUUUUUUUUAUCAAGCAAAGAAGACAAGGAAUUGUUAUCCAAACAUAGAGAGAGAUUCUGACCUGAAAAUGUAAAUGAAUGAAUGAAUGUUAAAGGAAAAAGAAUGUGAUAUUAUUUGAUUUUAAGCUGGAGAGAUUGUUGUUGAAUUGUGUGAAAUAUCCAAUAAAUGUAAAAGUUUGAAGAAAAAAA